AUGCUUUGUCGGUCUUGGCUGCUCGCUCUGCACCUUUCUCGACGCCCUACACCCCUCCCUACAACACCUUCGCUGGCCGUGUCCUAUGGGAGUGGUAGUACUGUGGACUUCAUUGCAACUCAUCGUGAAAAAGAUGGACAUGUUGAAGAUUAUUGUUAUAAGAAGAAGAAGAAGGAGAAGGCUCAUUCACGCCGAGGUGGUCGUUCCUCACAGGGUUCUGAUCGUUCUACUGCUGGACCCUCUUCGAGUAGCUUGGCUGGUUCUGAGACACAGGAGAUACUUAUGUUGCUUCGUCGGCUAGCUUCCUCUGUGCCUGCUGGAGCUGCUAGUUCUGUCACCCCAGUCUCUGCACCUUUGGUUUCUGCUGCUGCCUCACAAUCUUCCACUGGGGAACCACCGUUCACUUUAGGUACUUUGCCAUGGAUUCUUGAUUCUGGUGCUUCUUUUCACAUGACCUCUAAUUGUACCAGUCUUUCUUCCAUUCGUCCUUCUUCUACUCCUAUCACUGUUCAGACCGCCGACGGUUCAACUCUCCCUGUUCUUGGACAUGGCACUCUUUUGUCCUCCUCUUUUCAUGUUCCUACUGUUUCAUAUGUCCCUAAUUUGACCAUGCAACUUAUUUCUGCUGGCAAGCUCACUGAUCAUGGUUGUCGUGUUAUUUUUGAUUCUGACUCUUGUCAUGUCCAGAUCUCAGCACGGGUCUCCUGGUUGGUACUGGCCCUCGCCGCCGUGAUUCUCGGCGUCUUUGGGAACUUGAUAACCUUCGUCUUCCUUCCGCGCCUCGCCAGCCUUGUGGGUUCUGCUUCUCUGAUCGGGCUUCUUCAUCUUUUGCUCGGUGGCAUCAUCGAUUGGGACAUUUAUGUGGUUCUUGUUAUCCACUCUUGUCCGUCGUGGUCUUUUGGGGAAUGUUUCUAG